AUGAAGUGCACAUCUACGAUUGCAAGAGCAUUGAUUGCAUGUUUUUGCAUUUCAAGAGUAUAUGCGGGUAUGAUGUAUUCUGAUGAUGGAGCAAAAUUAAGGAAGGAGGCUGAAGAAAAGCGUGAGCAGCAACGUCUUCUCGAAAGUGAGGGCGGAGCUCUGGUUAAUCCUAUUGAAACCCUCAACAAAGGACAAUUUGUUGGAUCAAAUGUCGCUGAACAACAAUUUGACAAUGGAAGCGUCGAGAUCUCAGAAUAA